UGUAACAGCUCCAGUGUUUACGGAAGUAGACAAAACGUGAAGAAUGAGCGAAGACUGAACAGACUCUAGACUUACUGCUACUUAAAUGUGCAGUUUAACUGUCCAAUAAAAUUCAUCUCGAAAUACAUUUCAUAUAUGAAUGAUACAAAUAUCAUACCUUACAAGCGAAAUACUUUAGACAGGGGAAAUUCACCAAGGAUAAAAAGUCUUGUAUAGUUAACUAGAUUAAGUUUUAUGUUUUUACGAUGCAGCAGAAUUCUGAAUCUGAUCAUAAACAACUGGACUUGCAAACAAAUAGUAAAAAAUUUAAUGUUCUAGUUGGUUUGACUGGUAGUGUAGCUGCACUCAAGGCGCCUUUGUUGGUAACACAACUACUCGAGAUUCCAGGUGUUGAUGUCCGUGUGGUCACUACAGACCAUGCCACUCAUUUUUACGAUAUGAUUGAAGUCCCUGUCCGUGUGUACACAGAUAAGAAUGAGUGGGAGAUGUGGACAGAGCGCUCUGACCCUGUGCUUCAUAUCGAACUUAGACGUUGGGCAGAUCUGCUAGUAAUCGCUCCACUUGAUGCCAACACACUUGGUAAAAUUGCCAGUGGAAUAUGUGACAACCUCCUGACAUGUGUGGUGCGGGCCUGGGACUCCAGCCGUCCUCUGCUCUUCUGUCCUGCUAUGAACACAGCCAUGUGGCAGCACCCUAUCACUGCACAGCAAGUGGCCAUGCUUAAAAGCUUUGGCUACGUUGAGAUACCAUGCAUUGCCAAAAAACUAGUCUGUGGAGAUGAAGGUAAAGGCGCCAUGGCAGAGGUUUCAACUAUUGUUGAAACUGUCAAACAAUAUAAUCCAGAAACAUCCCGAAUGACCUCGGACUAAACAUACCAGUGGGUAAAGAGACACAAGGUUAUCUACGGAAGCCCAUUUUUUAAUAAAAGCUAAAAAACAAUAUUUCCAGAAUAAAAAAAAUAAUAAAUGGAAUUUUAUAACUCACACUUCUGACUUUUUUUUUCUAAAUUGUAAGAUAGAAUCUCAGAAUUGUUAGUUAUAAACUUGCAAUUCUAAGAAAAAAGUCAGAAUUGUGAAUGAAAUUAGUCAGAAUUGUGCAAUUAUUUUUUUUUUUUUAUUUUUUUUUUUAUUUGAUAGGGACAAUGCUCAUUGAUCAACAAACAAGUUACUUGCUGUAAACAAGCCAGAGUUAGCUACAAGUGUUAGUUUCCAUCUUACAAUUCUUAAAAGUCAAAAUUCUGACAAAUCUGACUUUUUUCAGAAUUGCUAGUAUACAUCUUUUUACAUCUUAGAAUUGUGAGAAACAAAGUCUAAACUGUGAAGACGCAAUUACCCUUUUAAUUGUUUUAUUUUUUCGUUGCAGAAACGGGCUUUCAUAGUUAUCUGCACAAUCAAUAAAGACAAUUUAAGGUGUUUAUGAUAUGUAAAAUGUUUCAUAUUUUAGUGUUUUUCAAUUAUACGUUUCAAUGUUAAGAAAAAACAAACAAACAUUAUUUUUCUGUUAUUGGUUAUUGUUAAUGGUUGUAUUCAUUAUAUCCAUUUAUUUUUACAUAGUAAUUUCAAAUAAAUUACUAAAUUAUAUUCAAUAUUGAAAAUGUUCCUCAUAAUAAAGUGUCACAUAUCAGCAUAGUUAAAUGUCACUGUUGUUUAAUCUUUGGAUCUGCCCUGGUAGCUAAUCCUUAUUUUGAAACUAAUUAUGAUAAAUGAUCAGAGGAUUGCCACAGUCUGUUGUUAGCUAAUGGCAUCAGAUUAAUGUGCACAAAAGUCAUGUAAUGCUUAUGGCAAAUAAGAAGACAAAUAGCAUAUAAUAGUAGAAUAUUUUACAGGAAAACAUAUUUAUGUUUGGUGAGGUUUACUUGAUAAUUUAACUGUUUUAAAUGUUAGAAGUCUUUAUUUUGACAUGAUUGUGAAUGUGUGUUCUUUCACCCAGUGUGGGCCUCAGAGGUUGAGUGAGGGGCCUCUAACCAUAACAGCAGCAAGAGAUUUUCAUGAAAAUAGUCUCUGGUUGUGCUAGAAGAUACUAAUACACUUAACACCUCCAAAUAUCUUGUUUUGUUCAGGUACAUAUCCUGUUGCAGGUUACCGUUAGAAAUGUGUUCCAUCUGUUAAUCAUAUGUGGUUAACCACCUUGAUUCUCAUUUGGCUAAGAUAUAACAGCACAAGCAUAGAUAUAUAUAUGUUUGUUUUUUUGGCACCCUUCAGUAAAGUAUCACCAUGAAGCAUU